AUGAGCACUCUCUACAGAACCCUCACCGGUCAAUCGCAAAGGUCGCAUCAUUCUGAAAACACCGUCGGCUCCCAGGCUCACCCGACCUUGACACGGACUACAACCACCGAUCCGCUGACCGGCACACUUCACCAUCUGACUCCGCCUCAGGAGCAGAAACUCGAGGAGUUCAAACAAAAGCUACAACAGGGCGGGUGGUGGUCACCGAACGGAGUCAAUGGCAAACCCUCGCACGAUGAUGGCACACUGCUCCGGUACCUGCGAGCCCGCAAGUUCGACGUGCAAGGCGCAAUCGGCCAAUUUACAGAUACGGAACAAUGGCUCAAGGAGCAAAUGGUAGAGGAGCUGUAUGAUACUUUCGACGUGGAGAUAUACGAACGGUCGCGGCAAGUGUACCCUCAAUGGACUGGACACCGCGAUAGGCGAGGAAUUCCCAUCUACGUCUAUGUGAUCAAGCAACUCGACAGUAAACACGUGAACAAGUACCAGAAAGAGUCGCAGAAAUACAAGGACAGCCUUCCCAACCACAAGAAACUCCAGACGCCUGCCAAACUCCUCCCCCUAUUUGCGCUCUAUCAGAAUCUCCUCAACUUCGUCCUACCGUUUGUGUCAACCCUCGAGCGCCCGAACCCCGAAGUCCCCGUCACGAACUCCACAAACAUUGUCGAUAUCUCGGGGGUGGGCUUGACGCAGUUCUGGAAUCUGAAGGCCCACAUGCAAGAUGCAUCAGUGCUAGCGACGGCCCAUUACCCCGAAACUCUGGAUAGAAUAUUUAUCAUUGGCGCACCGUCAUUCUUUCCCACAGUCUGGGGCUGGAUCAAACGAUGGUUCGACCCUGUCACCGUGUCCAAAAUAUUCAUUCUCGGCAAAAACGAGGUCAAACCCACGUUAUCGAAGUUCAUGGAUCCCAAGGACUUCCCCAAGCGAUAUGGCGGCGACCUAGCCUGGGAUUGGGGAGACAUGCCACAUUUGGACGAAGACACCCUAGCUGCUCUCGAAACGGAUGGAAACAAGGGCUGGGUUCGCGGUCCAUGUCUGUGGCUCGAUGGGAAGCGAGUCCCCGUCGGCUCGGAGAACGGGAAGCCACGGCGGCCUUCUACAGACAUCGAGAAGAUGAAGCCUGUCGUAUAUGCGGCCGAUUACACAGAAACCCCAGUCCACCCGGACAAGAAGUUAUCUCUGGUCUCAAAGCCACAUGCUUCUAAAGGGACGGCGCCAGCCCAUCACGCAGCUGAGGAACACGCGGCGGAGGCGAAGGAUGGCGCGACAGCCGCCAAUAUCCUUGCGACCAAGUCGAAUUCGGAACAGUCCGCACAAGCAGUGCCGCAGCCUCAGUCGACAGAACCCCAGCCGGAACCGUCGAAAGUAGCUCAGCCGGAACCGUCGACCAGCUCAACCUCAGGUGCACAGGCAGCCUCCCAGCUAAUAUCAUCGGCCACAUAUGCCCAUCCUCCGUCCCAGCCGCAACCGGGCCCUAUUCCGGAACACACGAUCGCCCUAACCUCGGCCAUGGAGAACAAACUUGCCGACGAGUCCGUGUCGAUAAUUCCUCCGACGGCGAACGGACACGCUAACGGACACGCCACAGCACCCAGCGAAGGACACGGCGAGGUCGUCGUGGCAAGCGAUCUGAGCAAAGGCUUGGCUAUUGAGACCGAGAAAUUGAACAUCACGGACGAUCCGCAUCAUCAGAAGGAGGGCGCGGCGCAAAGGCCUGCAAUGGAGAGGUUUGUCACCGCUCGAGAAGUGGCAACGUGA